CUGGCUCCGGCGGUGCUUGCUGCUCAACCUUCCGCUCCUGAGCCAGUCAAAGCUCCNUUGCGAGAAUUGCCUUGGGGUCAAUUGAACUUCUUGGCGACAACAGAUACACAUGCUGAUUGGGGCGAUUAUAUCUCCUUUGCUCAUCAUCUCCGCCAGAAAGCCGAUGCCGAUGGCAGUGAUCUUCUCCUCGUAGACACGGGCGAUCGAGUAGAAGGCAAUGGUCUUUAUGAUGCAUCAAACCCCAAAGGAGAAUACACUUUUGACAUUUUCAAACAUCAAAAGAUAGACAUCAUCACCUCGGGCAACCACGAACUCUAUAAGAAGAACUCGUCCGACAAUGAAUACUAUCACACCGUACCUAACUUCAAGGAGGCCUAUAUCGCUUCCAACCUAGACAUCUACAACCCGGAUACUGGAAAGCUGCAACCUCUUGCACAGAGGUACAGAAAGUUCACGACGAAGAACCAAGGCAUCAGAAUCAUGGCCUUUGGCUUCCUCUUCAAUUUUCAAGGUAACGCCAACAACACCGUCGUUCAGCGAGUAGAAGACACCAUCAAGGAGAAGUGGUUCAAGGAUGCUAUUCGUGAACAGGACGUUGACCUCUUCGUUGUCGCUGGUCAUGUCCCUGUCUCCGAUUCAAACGAGUUUGAUGCCAUUUAUAAGGCUAUCCGCAGCGUAGCAUGGGAUACUCCGAUCGCUUUCUUCGGUGGUCAUACUCAUAUCAGGGAUUACCACAAGUUCGAUAAGAUUGCCUAUGGUCUGGAGAGUGGUCGUUAUAUGGAGACUCUUGGCUUCAUGUCUAUUUCUGGUCUCGACCACCACAAGAACGGCUCUGAAGUCGCUGCGGCUCCUAAGUUCAAGCGUCGCUAUAUCGACAACAAUCUCUACUCACUGCACCGCCACUCUGGUAAGAACGAGACUACCUUUACUACCGAGGCUGGCCGCAAUGUAUCUGCAUCUAUCUCAGCUGCCAGAAAACAUCUGAAUCUCGACCAUACAUAUGGCUGUGCCCCUAGAGACUACUGGCUUAACAGAGCUCCUUAUCCUUCAGAGUCCAGUAUCUUGACUUGGCUUGAGAACGAAGUCUUGCCCGAUACUGCUCGAAAUGUGACCAAGUCACCUCAACUCGUUAUCACCAACACUGGCGCCAUGCGUUUCGACAUCUUUGAAGGACCCUUCACCAUUGAUACUACAUUCCUUGUGUCGCCAUUCACAAGCGGCUUCCACAGACUGAAGAACGUACCUUACAAAGCGGCAAGGCAACUGCUGCAAUUGCUCAACAAUGAGGGCAAGAUCCUUCUGUCAGAAAUGAUGGUCAUGAGCGCCGUUCACAGAGACCUGGGCAAAUUCACCCCUCGCAACCUCUGGGAACUCGCUCCGCCAAAACCACCCGUCACGAGCUGGACCCAACAAGAGGUCGAAGACGAUUUAGCCCUUGACGAAACUCUCCGACGUGAGUUCGGGCAAGAAGUCUUGAUGUCCGCUGGACGUGGAAAACAUGACACUCCUCUUGUGCCAGGCUAUACAACGAUUGACGAUGCAGGCAAAGAUGGCGACGACACAAUCCACGCCCCCAUCCGCUUCUACGAUGUUCCCAACUGCAUUCAAGCAGAAGUGAACCUGCCAUCCGACAANAAGGAUCUUGAAACCGUGGAUAUUGUGUACAAUGAGUUCAUUGAGCGAUGGAUUCUUCUGGCCUUGAGGUUCCUGGGUGAAAGCUAUGGAGUCGAGGAUGUAGAGACUACAUUCGAUGGCAUGAGUUUCACGGAUGUGCUUAGCGAGUGGGUGCAUAAGAACUGGGCUUGC